UUGGAAUGUUUACUCCUCGUGGAUUAAUUAUAAUGCUCGUCCGAAAUCAGAUGGCAAAUUUACUUUGAAUUUGUCAAAGAAGAUAAAAGUUAUUAUUGUUCUUCAACAACCGGAUAAUCGAUAUUUCCAUAAACCGUCGGCAUACCAACUCACUUGCCUUAGAGUUUUCGAACAGGGAAGUUCGACCUAUCUAAUUCGAAACCCUCACACUAAAACCAAAUAUCCAUGUGAACGCAAUAUAAACCUCGAAAUAGAACUUGAAGCUGGC